AUGCCUGAACAAAGUCUGCGACUCCUUGCCCUGGAUGGUGGAGGAAUCCGCGGGCUGUCAUCCCUCAUGAUAUUGGAACAGUUAAUGCAGACGGUCAAUCCUGAGUCACCGCCAAAGCCCUGUGACUAUUUCAAUAUGAUCGGGGGAACGGGUAUGGGCGGAAUCAUUGCGAUCAUGUUAGGACGACUCCAAAUGACCGUCGAGGAAUGCAUAAUCACAUAUAUCUCUUUGAUUGAUUCUAUCUUUCGAAAGAAACGGCGAUUAAAUCUCUUAGGCAAAGUCCAAGGCAGAUUUGACUCGGCAGCACUGGAGGCUGCUGUGCAGAAGAUAAUUAAGGACCAAGGAUAUUGUUCGCAUGAAUUGCUCCGGGAUACUCCUUAUACAAAUUGCAAAGGGAAAAAUACUGGCAAAGGUGUGCGAUUCACAAGUUACCGGUCGCCCCGCGGUGGCAGAGAUCUCCUUGACACCACCAAGAUAUGGGAGGCCUGCCGGGCAACGUCGGCAGCACCAUCCUGUUUCAGCCCUAUCACCAUCGGACUUUUUCGAGAAGAGUUCGUUGGAGGGGGAACUGGUUCGAACAACCCUAUUUGGGCGCUGUGGGAAGAAGCCCAAAGUAUAUGGGGACCUGAGCCAAUUCAAGAGCAGAUUGCAUGUUUAGUCUCUAUCGGGACAGGCAUGCCCUCGCUUCAGGGAUUUGGUAGCUCUCCCUUGCAACACGGCAGAACAUUGCUGGCGAUCGCGAUGGAAACAGAGGAUUCGGCGGAGCAGUUCCGGCGCGACAAGACAGAUCUCCAUCAGAGCGGUCGCUAUUUCAGGUUUAAUGUCAUGCAGGGACUUGGCGCUAUUGGCCUGACAGAGGUUCAAAGUGUCAAUACGAUCGCUCAAGCUACGCGGGUAUAUGUUGCAAGCCAAAAUGUGGUAGAGCAGAUGCAACGGUGUAGAGAUGGUCCAUCUGAAAUGCACAGAUUGCGGUCUCUGUCCAAGGUCUUUUACCACAUUCCGUUUUUGAAGAAUAAGCGGUUCACAGGUCGGAGCGAGGAACUGGCCGCGAUCGAGCAGAGCCUCUUUGUUGACAAUACCUGUGAUCAGCUCGCACUAGUUGGUCUUGGUGGUGUCGGGAAAACACAGGUUGUUUUGCAGUUCGCUCAUAUGUUGAAGGAGGCCUACCCGGAGUACUCAGUUGUCUGGCUGCCUGCGGUAAGUCUUCCAACUUAUGAGCAGGCCUGUGUGGAGAUUGCGGCGAAGCUGCAUCUUGGUCAAUCUAAAGGUGGGGAGGAUGCGAAACUUCUAUUGAAGCAAUAUCUCAGCGACGAAAGGGCUGGGAAAUGGCUUUUGAUUAUCGAUAAUGCCGAUGACCACGAUCUCAUCUUCGGCUGUCCCAGUCAACAGUCUCCUGGUAUUGUUAACUUCCUCCCGAAGAGCGAAAACGGCCUGACUCUCUUCACCACACGAUCUCAAGGAAAUGGAGUGCGGCUUGCGGACAGCAAUGUAAUUGAGUUAAAACAAAUGUUACCAGAAGAAGCCGUGGUCCUUUUUCGGCGAUUUCUACCUCGGGUACAGGAAGGCCUGUCGGAGUUGCUAAGCGAGUUGGCGUAUCUUCCUUUGGCGAUCGUCCAAGCAGCAGCGUAUAUUAUCACAAACAAAACAUCCGUGACACGAUAUCUUCAACUAUUGCGUCGCUCUGACCAGGAUGCAAUCAGCCUUCUCGGAAGGGGCUUUGAUACCAACGCACGAUAUGACAACGCCGAAAACUCCAUAGGACGCACAUGGUUCGUCUCAUUUUGUGAAAUUCAAAGGCAAAACCAACAUGCGGCCAGCAUUCUCAAGUUCAUGGCUUGUAUUGAGCCAAAAGCGAUACCUCGUUCGCUUCUGCCCCAUCUUGGUUGCGAGGAGGAGAUGGACUACGCGAUAAACAUCCUUCGGGCUUACGAUUUUGUCACCCAGCGCGAUGGAAUGACAUUUGAUUUACACCACCUUGUGCACUUGGCGAUCAGGAUGUGGCUCGGGGAAGAUGAGCUAGAACGAACAGAGCGAAGAGUCCUCGGUCAUCUGAAUCGGAUGUUUCCAUCUGAAACCUGGGACAAUAGAUUGGUUUGGAGGGAAUAUCUCCCUCACGUCUUCAAGCUCGCACAAGCGGAGUCAGUGCUAGAUGUGCGAACCAGAUACUUUUUGCUGAUUCGAGCUGCGAGGUGUCUCUACCUCGACGGCAGACUGCAGGAAGCCAUUAGCUGGUUGCGUGAAGCCUAUGAAAGCACAUCUCGCGCGAAAGGCUAUAUUUUCCGACUAGAUGGAGAAUCUGACCUAGGCGGUGCGCAUGGGCGCAUAUGUCUGAGAUUACCAAGUUGUCGAGCUGUUCAGCAUACCCAGCAUCAUCACAACACACCAGACGAUCCUACGGAGGGAAGAUGCCUUUUUCGACGGGCCGCAACUGCGCCAUUAGAGGAUAUCUUGUCUGUGAAUGUGAAACCUCACAAAGACCAUGACAAUCGUCAACGGGUAUUGCCAAAGCAAUCUAGGGAUGCUGAUGGACAGGCUGUCACAGCGGCGAAUGUGCUCGAGCAGAAUAUACCAUCGACAGUCGAAUUCCUUGCUAGGGAUAAACUCGCUUUCAUGGUCUUCGAAGCGAACUCCAUUAGCGGGGGCUAG